AAGUACGGGAAGCGGCAUAUUCAAAUGAAGGUGAUGACUUCGGUUUGUCAAAUAUAAAUAUAAUUUGAAAGUGUCGAAAUGGAUGAUGAAGUUGACUACAUGUCUGAUGCCAUUUUGAAUGAAAUAGAAGAUGUAAAACCGGGAUUAUUUAUAUCACGAGAUGUCCAACGACAGCGUACAGUGGAGGCGAAUCGACGGAAAAACAAAUGUCUUUCCAAGUCGGAAAGGGAAAUCUAUCACCUCAAGGAAGGUUUAAAGAAAAAGGUUGGGCCCGAAAAUAAAGGUUUCAGUCUACUUUCAAAAAUGGGAUACGUUCCGGGUAAAGGUUUGGGAAAAAAUGGUAUGUAACAUACAACAGUUUCACACUCCCUUGUUUUCAUAACUUGAAAUUACUUGGAUCAUCGCAGUAACACAUCUUGCGCUAAGUUAUAGCGUGAGAUAUUACUAAAAAUUUCUAGUCAAUCAGUCGUAAGCAAGUAACAACGAGUGGUAAUGUCCUGAUAAAAUUAACUUAUGAAAGUUUUGCUAAAGAUACUUUGUCUUAGAGUAUGGAAUAUAGGAUUUUGGUAGACCAGACUACAAGCACCCAUGUGCGGUGAAUUGGCUUUUGACAGUAAAGUUUUGUCAAAAAAUAACAAAUUCAAAACUACUGGGAUAGCUGAUCCUGUUUCUAUUGAAAUCCCUCAGGGUCGUGAAGGCCUCGGUUUCGCGUCUGAAAAAAACGAACGUAUGAUAUUUAGGGAAAACCUCAAACAACAAAUACAAAUGGCUUACAAAGAUGAAUUCCGAAGCACUAUGGCCGUGAGAUUUCGACAGAACCGUUUGAACCGACAACUGGAUGUUGCCCGUCGGAUAUGUCAAGAUCUGGAUUUAAAAGAACUUAUUGAAACUCCAGUUCACGAAUCAUUCUGGCCACCUAUUGAUCUUGUUCCAACUGAGGUCGUUGAUAAUGGUAAAUAUGGAUCAGUCACUUCGAAUGGUUUUAAGUCUGUUAAAGACAGAAUUCCUGUAAGUAAUGUAUUGCCUCAGGAAGAUUAUGUGAACGAAGAUUUUGCAGAUAAUGAUUUAGCCAAACUGGACUCGAAACAUGCGAAUUGUGACUACACUUCUGUCCAAAGAAAUUUCAUACAACUUUUGAAUUAUUUACGAAGUCGACAUAAUUAUUGCUUUUGGUGUAGCCUGCAGUACCAAAAUCAAUCUGAACUUUUAGAACAAUGCCCUGGGGAGGAUGAAGACCAACACGAUUAAUCCAUUUUACCUAAGAUAUUAUGUACAGACAAUUAAUUAUUGCAUAUAUUCUAUUAUACUUUGAGUUGUUGAUUCACAGCUUCACUUAUGUUUUAACAUAGGUUUGUUAUGAAUAUUAAAUGUACGUAAAACUGGUACAUAUGAAGAAAACUAGAUUCACAAACUUAUAUUCGUUAAAUAAGUUAGUUCAUAGUUUAAUUAUUUUCUUUGGUGAUCUGCCCACAGUAUACUUUCUUUAAUUAGUUACAGUUUUUCUCUCUCGCGAUUGUCAGUGUCAUUUUCCUUUAUUUCUAAGAAAAAUAUUUUGGUACAGCACAGGUUCAAAAAAAUACCCUGAACAGAAUGUAAAUUGUUGUGAAGUGAAAAAGCAAAUCGUCGUAUAACAAAUAAAUAAAUAUGAAAAA